UUUGUUUCGUCUCGUAAUCCUCCUUUGGCUUCUUCCUCGGUUCCUCCUACUCCUCCAUCCUGUACACAGGAGAGAGGAGCAGGAGCCCUCCUGGCCAAUCAGCUCUCGGCUCUCCCCCUCUUCUUCCUUCCAAGCAACAAAAUCCUACGCGGAAAAACCAUCCAAGAACCACAUUCCCGUCGUCAAAAACAGCCCGAAUUGUAGGGGAAAGUAGCCCCGAGAAGCGACGAUCUUGGAGGGAAAUCUGGUGUGGAGUUCGGAUCGUUCAAUCCGCGGAUGGAAGGAGGAGGAGGAGGAGGGCAGGAGUUGUCGACGGACAACGUGAAGGGGAUCGUCCUGGCGCUCCUCUCCAGCGGCUUCAUCGGCGCCAGCUUCAUCAUCAAGAAGAAGGGCCUCCGCCGCGCCGCCGUCGCCUCCGGCAUCCGCGCAGGGGUUGGUGGGUACUCGUACCUCCUGGAGCCUCUAUGGUGGGUUGGCAUGAUCACCAUGAUUGUGGGAGAAGUUGCCAAUUUCGUCGCAUACGCCUUCGCUCCCGCGGUUCUUGUUACUCCUCUUGGAGCACUGAGCAUAAUUGUUAGUGCAGUGCUGGCACAUUUUAUCCUGAAUGAGAGGUUACACGCGCUUGGUGUUCUUGGUUGUGUUAUGUGCAUCGCGGGAUCAGUGGUGAUUGUUAUUCAUGCUCCUCAGGAGCAAGAGAUUACUUCAGUUAGAGAAAUCUGGAACAUGGCGAUACAGCCUGCUUUCUUGCUAUAUGUUGCUUCAGUUAUAGUGGUGGUCUUCGUGCUAGUGUUCCAUUUCUCCCCUCUAUAUGGGCAGUCAAAUGUGUUGAUCUACACUGCCAUUUGCUCUUUGAUGGGUUCUCUUUCGGUAAUGAGUGUUAAAGCUCUUGGUACAUCCUUAAAGUUGACGUUUGAGGGGACAAAUCAGUUGGUAUAUCCAGAGACUUGGUUCUUUGUGCUUAUAGUGGCCACUUGUGUGCUAACACAGAUGAAUUACUUGAACAAGGCACUUGAUACAUUUAAUACUGCAAUUGUAUCUCCAAUCUAUUAUGUAAUGUUCACAACACUAACAAUACUUGCAAGCGUCAUAAUGUUCAAGGAUUGGUCUGGUCAAAGCCUUGGAAGCAUUACUUCUGAAAUCUGUGGUCUGAUUGUUGUGUUGUCUGGUACCAUUUUGUUACAUGUGACGAAGGAUUAUGAAAGGAUUCCGCAAUCAAGAAGUAUAUACGCACCAUUGUCUCCCUCCUUGACAGCAAGAUUAAACGGAGACUUACUGAAGCACGUCGAGGAUGAUAGGAACCCCGAUGAAGAAAAAGCCUUGAGAAGGCAAGAGAUGUACUAGCUCCAGUCUCCUGAAGCUCAAAAAAGGAUGAACAACUCCGAUUGAGCUAACUAGUGACAUCAGUGAUUGCUAUGGUGUGUUGGUCUGUACAUAAUCAGGCAUCUGCAGGAAUUGGUCCAAAGGAUUGAAGGUGACUGCCUGCCUGUAAAUCUUUGAGGUGGUUUUGGGAGGCUGCAGGUUACUUCCACAGAUAGAAUUGAAGUUUGGGUGCACAGAUUCUUCUCAUUUCUCUUCUUUUUCUUCUAUCUCUUCUGGUGACGUAUCCCCAGUUUUGUCCACGGCAUUUCUUUCUUGCCCCUUGUGUAGAUUUGAGAGUGAGCUAUGGAGAUUGUAUUGCAACUGUGAAUGCUGUACAUUAUUAGUAUUAUUGUGAACUGCCGCUCCUGAUUCUAAUUUGUUCUUUCUUCUCCUGUAAAAGUUUACCAGUACUAUGUACUCUUAUAGCUCCUGUUUUAAAAAAAAAAACUCUUAUACCUAA